UCACCGCGACGCCUGCUGAAUUGAUCCGGAAGCAAGCUGGAGAGGUUGUCCAGGGGACCAAUGAAUACGGGAACCAGGGAGAGGGGGCGGAGCCUUGCUCUUGCAGCAGUGGACAGCUCCUCUCGUCGAUUCAAAGCGGCUUCGCUAUGACCGCGCACGGCUUCGCGUUGCCGAUGGUACUCUUCUCCAUCUUCUGGGGGCUCGUGGGAUUCGCCGGGCCGUGGCUUGUGCCGAAGGGGCCCAACCGCGGAGUAAUUAUUACCAUGCUGGUGACUACUGCUGUUUGUUGCUAUCUUUUUUGGCUUAUAGCAAUUCUGGCUCAAGUCAAUCCUCUCUUUGGACCUCAGCUGAAGAAUGAUACCAUCUGGUAUGUGCUCUUUCAGUGGGAGUGACCUGGGCUGUUACAGACCAAUUAAACAGGCUUCACCCCAUGCCCUUUCCAGUUGGGAAUGUGAUGGAUCUUUUACAGCCUGAUGUUUCCACUGCGGUGACCAUCCCCUACCUCCUGAUUUUAAUUGAUACGUUGGCAUAUAUCAUCUUAAUGUAAUGUUUUUAUUAAUGACCCUCCCUUGAGAGCUGCAGAAAAUACAGUAAGUAGUUGUAGCCUGAAGAUUAAAUCACUGUUGACAGAGUUUUGCAACAUCCUUCUUAGUAAGACAAAGAACUUUUCUCCAUUUCAAAUGGUGUGCUAGAUUUGUAGGUCUCUCCACAUCUUGAUCUUUGCAUAUAAAGGCUCUUCUGUCAGAGUACAUUUGCCUAGACAUCUCUAGUUGUCCAUGUUAACUACCAGUUGUAAAUGUAAAUAUGGUAUAAACUUGUAUUGUGAAAAUAAAAUUACUCUUUGUGACUUACUGUUGGUAGGGUCCUAUUGUCAGGC